CCCGAAGGGACUAUUUCCAUGCUGUAUCUCCAAACAAAACUAAAUCGCCCACCAUUAACAAGCUCCAGGCAUGAAACGAGACCUGCCCUGAGAUCAAAGUCCCAGCCUGGAUCACACCCAUCAAAGUUCAGAACAAAUCCCGUCCAAAUCGGCAUGACUUGCCCACCACAAUCAGCCAUUUCUGGUCAAAGGGUGACCAGAGAGGUGGGUGUGGGACUAUGCUACCUGUCCUGAAGACCUCUGUAGCCAACAUCCAGCAUAGAUAUGGUGGUCCUCUCCCAACUACAGAACAAGAUGAUUCCACAGGCGUUGGCACAAUCCCUUCUGACUUUGUCCAGUUAUCUGGACCUCGUAAGUUCAUGCCAUGGGAGUAGCAUGGAGUCAUAGCAUAACUACAUUCUAUCAUGUGAUUAAAAUUCACUUUAGAUUCGUGAAAUCAUUUAUAGCCAAGGGGAACUAGCUGGUUGUCAGCUAUUGGCUUACUCUUGUUUCACAUUCCGGUUCCUUGUUUCUUUCUUCAUCAUUUAUAUUGUAACAUUUCCUCUCGAUGGGCAUUUAUUUAGUUCUCUGGACUAAGAGCUGAACAAUAAACGUCCCAGCAUGGGGUCUGCAUCUAAAACGAUGUUGGUGCCAAUUCUUCUCAUUUGUUUCUUGCCCGUUUCAGGUGCGGUGUGGGGGAAGGAACAUGUAAGAGGAGUUGUGGGAAGAGCGAUCACAAUCGAUUGUCACUAUGAAGCAAAGUACCGCUCACACACAAAAUACUGGUGUCAAGGGUGGACCCGCCAUUGUAUAGUUGUAUUGGAAACAAAUGGGCAACACGGACGGAAUGGAAGAGCGUCAAUCACCGAUAACCCGGCACGAGGAAUAUUUACCGUGACUGUGGAGGAUCUUCGCUCUGGAGAUACUGGAUGGUACAACUGUGGAAUUACUACAUCUGGCUACGAUCCAUUGUUUAACAUUUAUCUCCAAGUAUCUGACGAACCUGUGUCUGUUCCUGUGCUUGGAUUACUAUCACCAGCCAAUGUCCCCAGUGUCGGAGGCUCAGUGACAAUGUCCUGUAAGUCUGAGCGGGGAUCUCUUCCCAUUCGCUACACCUGGUAUGAAAAUACCUUAAAGAUCUCAAAUAACAACCUGGAUCUACGUUGUCAAUACUUCAAACAACAAAGCCAUCAAUAUUACUGCAAAGCCUCAAAUAAUAACGGGACAGAGUCCAGUGAAAUGGUCACUGUGGCAGUGUCCAACACCGGAGAGAAUUGCAGUUAUAUGGUGCAUUUCGGUAACAAUGAACAUAAAGUGACUGAACGAAUGAUGACUACACCUUUUGCAAGUACAGUAAAAAGAUCCAAUGAGAGUCAAAAUGACUCCACCCGAUCCACCUGCACUGAAUGUUACACGAUAUGGAAUGUGGGACGCUGGCUGUACUUCGCUCUGCUUGGGAUCUGCAGCAUCUCAGUCUCAUUGUUCACAAGUAUAAGGAAGGGACCCAUUGAACCAAAACCUCACAGCUUGCCGUAGAAGGCAGAAUGAAGAUCCACUGGUGAUAGUGACUGAGAAACAACUCUCCAACAAGACCAAAUGAUCAUUAUUAUUUUGAAUGAAUGAAUGAUUGAAAUAAUUAAUUAAUUAAUACUUUAUUGUCACGUGUGACAAGUCACAGUGAAAUUCUUUGCUUGCUAACCCAAGGUAUGCAAAUAGUCGCCCAUAAAGGGCAUUGACAAAGUGUUUUUCAUUUUGCUUUCAUAAUAGACUGCACAGAAUUAAUGCUUCUUCUGCUAAAAUUAUUAACUUAGUUUACACAAUAUUCACUCAGUAAAGGUGCCAUUUAAACAAUGUUGCUAGCCUUUAUAGCAAUGACUUAUUAUUUUGUGUUGUGUAGCAUGACAUUGCAGUUAUGUGGAAUAAAUUGUAUUCAAUCCUGGAAAUGCCUCAUGGUUUUAACUGUGAAGAAUAUUUAGAAGAGGGAAACUAUAAGCUAUGACAUCCCAUCAGAUCAAAUGUUCUGGAAGUACUUUUUCUCAUGAGAACAUCACUGUAAUAUACUUUGCUGAGCUGUUUUCAAGUCAAGUCUGUCAUUCUUAUGUGCACGUAUGGUGAGGUGCAGAUACAAUGAAAAUCACGCUUGUGGCAACAUCACAUACACGUAGACACAUAAAAAUAUAAAUGAUACAUAGGGCGGCACGGGUGUACAGCGGUGGUGUUGCUGCCUUCAUUUCAGCGCCAGGGACGCGGGUUCGAUACGGGUGCUGUCUGUACGGAGUUUGUAUGUUCUCCCCAUGACCAAGUGGGUUUUCUCUGAGAUCUUUGGUUUCUUCCCACACUCCAAAGACGUGCAGGUUUGUAGGUUAAUUGGCUUUGGUAAAAUUGUAAAUUGACCCUAGUGUAUGCAGGAUAGUGCUGGUGUGCGGAGGAGAUAGCUGGUUGGCGUCAACUAGGUGGGCCAAAGGUCCUGUUUCCAUGCUGUAUCUCUAAACUAAACUCAACUCAACUAAGACGUCCAAUUCCACUGAAGGAAAGUCACCGUAUCUCUCAAACUAAUUGGCACUUUACUCAAAGCAAUGGGUUCCAUCUGACAAUCUUGUUCUCUUUAGUCACUGCAUGUGAAAACAGGUGAGACUUAAUUUUAUUUCCUUGCCUCAACAGAACUUGAAUGAACUUAUGAAGGAAUGAUGAAUGAAUGAAUAGGUUUAUGAAUGAAUAGGUUUAUUGACCAAGUAUUCACAUACAAUGAAUUUGCCUUGGUGCUCCGCCCGCAAUUGCAAUAUGACAUACAGUGACAUUAGGAGUGACACCUAAAACAUUAAACAUUAACAAUAACAUACAUUUUAAUAACAGAACCAAUGACAACCACACUAUCUCCAAUUACAAGAUUGAUAUCAACAGUACUCAAAACAAAUAUAGUGCAAGGUAUAUUCUUCUCAACUUUUUUUACGCGCUGGAACUGAAUCCAUGUCGAGGACAUUCGGUUGAUUUUGUAUUGUUAAACGCAAGCAACAAGAGUGCUUGAUUGUCAUAUGUACCGACAGAGGGGAAAUAUAUUGCUUUGUUUCAGUAGCACAACGAAUCUGCAGAUUUAUAGAGAUGUACAGCACGGAAACAGGCCCUUUAGCCCAACUUGCCCACAUCAACUAAGAUGCCCCAUCUACUCUAGUUCCUCCUGCCAGCGUUUGGUCCAUCUCCUGCUAAACCAGUCCAAUUCAUGUAACUGUCCAAAUGCCUUUAAAAUAUUUUUGUAGCACCUGCCUCAAAUACCUCAUCAGUUAGCUCAUUCCAUACACCCACAACUAACUGUGUAAAAAAAUGAUGCCCCUCAGGAUCCUAUUAAAUAUUUUCCCUUUCACCUGAAGCCUUGUCCCCUGGGUCUUGAUUCCCCUACUCUAGGUAAGAGACUUGUUUCCCUUGCCCCUAACUCUGUCUGAAGAGAGGUCUCGACUCAAAACACCACUUAUUCCUUUACUCCAAAGAUGCUGCCUCGCCCAAUGAGUAACUAGGUUUUAGAGUCUAUCUUCGGUUUGAAUGAGCAUCUGCAGUUCCUUCCAACAAAUACCCUAUCUAUUCCCCUCAUUGUGCUUGUAUACACAAUGCAUACACUUAAUAGAAAAUGUACAAAAAUGAAUUAGUUAAUAAGUCCAAUAAGGACAAAAAAGAACUGAUGUCUUUAGUGCAACCAAAGACUGCCCAUACAUGAUAGUUGAGGUUAGUGUGCAGUGUUCAAAAGCCUAAUUGUUGCUGCUGAGAAGCUGUUCUUGAACCUGGAGGUCACGGUUUUCAGGCUCCUGUACCUUCUUCCCAAUGGCAGGAGUGAAAUGAGAGUGUGGUCAGUGUCAUAGAGUCAUACAGUGUGGAAACAGGCCAUUCGGCCCAACUCGCCCACACCCGCCAACAAUGUCCCAGGUACACUAGUCCCACUUGCCUGUGCUUGGUCCAUAUCCCUCCAAACUUGGCCUAUCCAUGUAUCUGUGUAACUUAAACUUCUUAAACGAUCAGAUAGUCCCAGCCUCAACUACCUCCUCUGGCAUUUUGUUCCAUAUACCCACCACCCAUUGUGCGAAAACGUUACCCCUCAGAUUCCUAUUAAAUCUUUUCCCCUUCACCUUUAACCUAUGUCCUCUGGUCCUCGAUUUCCCUACUCUGGGCAUAAGACUUUGUGAGUCUACCCGAUCUAUUCCUCUCAUGAUCUUAUACACCUCUUUCAGAUCACCCAUCUGCUCUACAACACUACCCAGAGGCCUGCCAUUUACUGUGUAGGUCCAGCCCUUGUUCGACGUCCCAAAAUGCAACACCUCACACUUCUCUGUAUUAAAUUCCAUCAACCAAUGCUCCGGCUACCAGGUCAAUCGAUCCAGAUCCUGCAAAGGGGUUAUGAGGAGAAGGCAGGAGAAUGGGGUUAGGAGGGAGAGAUAGAUGAGCCAUGAUUGAAUGGCGGAGUAGACAUCAUGGGCCGUAUCACUAAUGACCUGAUGACCGUAUUACCAAAUAUUCCCCACUCGUGCCAGGUUUUUGACUCUUUUCACCUUUUUCAUUACUCUAUGAACAUUAAUUUAUGUUUGAAAUGUGCUGGGAAAAUUUGAAACUCGAGAGUUAAUCUGCAAGAUCAUUGUGAUUUCAUACACAAUGUCCUGCUGACUUCUUCCUCAUUUAUGUUCCUCAUAACGUUUCUACUUAAACGUUAUUUUGCAAUGAAGAGGAAGAGCUGAGAGACUUAUGAGUGACAAUAAACUUAACUAGCUAACUGACUAACAAAAACCUUCAAAAUGUAAACUAACAAUUAGUGCUAAAAUAUAUUUUUGAUAUAGUCUAGUCGUUUUUGCAAAGUGGAAAUAUAUGCUUCAUUGUUAUCAUGGAUAAAUGAGGGAUUGGAGGGGAUGACUGCGGUGAAAAAGGUCCUUUAAUAUGUUGGCUGCUUUCUUGAGGCAGGGUGGCACAGUGACACAGCGGUAGAGUUGCUGCCAGACACCUGGGAUCAAUCCUGUUUUAA